AUGUGUUUGCUGCUUGUGCGUGUGGAAAAUAUAAACUGUAUUGCUGUAGACUGGGAAGAUGGAGCAAAAUGCACAUACUUCAUCGCAGCAAGCAACACUCGUGUUUUGGGAGCAGAGAUAGCUUAUCUUAUCGAUACUUUCACGAAAAUUUACAAAUACUGUCCUUCAAAAGUCCACCUGAUUGGUCACAGUCUUGGUGCUCAUACUGCUGGAGAAGCAGGACGACGACUUCGAGGCGUUGACAGAAAAUUUCCAGGCAUUGGUAGAAUAACUGGCUUGGACCCAGCUGCACUCUGUUUUGAAGGUAUGCCCCGUAUGGUCAGGCUGGAUCCAUCUGAUGCAAUACUUGUUGAUGUCAUACACAGCAAUGCUGGCCUGUCACUCACUACAGGAUUUGGGAUGUUUAAUGCUACUGGUGAUAUGGAUUUUUACCCCAAUGGUGGAACUACUAUGCCUGGAUGUAAUUAUCUACUUAGACCAAGGACAGAAGACAAACUUGAAACCUUUCUGGAAGGUAAACCUGUUUGUGUCACACUGCAGCAUUUACUUGUAAUGAGGUGGUGGCGUGCAAUACUUGUUGAUGUCAUACACAGCAAUGCUGGCCUGUCACUCACUACAGGAUUUGGGAUGUUUAAUGCUACUGGUGAUAUGGAUUUUUACCCCAAUGGUGGAACUACUAUGCCUGGAUGUAAUUAUCUACUUAGACCAAGGACAGAAGACAAACUUGAAACCUUUCUGGAAGUCACUCGUGGUACUGGAAAUUGCGACCACUCACGAAGCCAUGAGUACUUCAGAUACAGUAUUCUCUGUCCUGAUGGAUUUAUCGGCUAUCCAUGUGAAUCCUAUCAGACUUUCAAGGAGGGAAAAUGCUUCCCAUGUCCCAAAGAAGGCUGCCCCAUGAUGGGUUAUUAUGCUGAUCGGUUCUACGAUAAACUGAAGGAGGACAAUCCAAAGUUCUUUUUGAACACAGGACCUAUGGAGCCAUUUUGCAUAUUUCCUUUUGUCCAUCCUUAA